AUGGAUUUUGCCGAAGAUUCCGCCGAUGCUCAGGCCGGUCGUCAAUUGCCGAGUCGCGAUGGCGUUGACCUUGCCACGUCAGCUGGCGAGCGUACCGGGCGGCAGCCCAAAAGCGUUGUUCGCGGACGUUUUGCCAUUCCCAUGGAGGAAGACGAACCGGUGCCAGAAACGUCAUCGAAUGUGCGCUCUGGUGGACGCUUCAAGAUCCCGAUGGACGACGAGACACCCUCCGGACGCUUCAAGAUCCCGAUGGAGGACGAGACACCCUCCGGACGCUUCCACAUCCCGAUGGAGGACGAGACGCCCUUGCCAUUGCCAGCACCAACCCGCACAGCCAAGAAUAAAAGGUCUGCCCGUGCCACGUCCGAGUUAGGAUCAGGGGCGCAUCAUCCCUUCCGAUUCAAGAUCCCAAUGGAUGACAACGACGAGCGGCAGGGGCACACAAGGCAAGAGAACUCCGAACCUCAGAGGCGGGCAGGGACCAUGGCGCGCGGUAGAAUUGCGAUCCCGAUGGACGAGGCAGAGGCCGAAACGUCUGGAUUGCUGGCGGCCCACAGUGGCAGCACCGCGGUGCCCGACAACGUGCACAAACCACCUGCCGCCUUGCCUGUAAGUGGAAAUUCGGAGUCCGGGGCCCAGGAUGGGAUGGCGAACGCCCGGGAGUCGAUUCCCCGGAAAAGGUCACCACCGGCAGCCACACCGCGGGUUCAAAUGCCGCCCCGGCCAAGUCCACGCCUCCCUGUGGAACCUCCCACAACUCAAAGGUCUGCACGACCAAAAGGAAUGACCACUACGGGGGCUUCACAGUUGCCUGGCGGAGGACAGCCGGCGGGUGAUGUAGGCAUGCCCGAACUGAGUAUGAAACAAGCGCAAUCGUCUUCUUCAACGAUAUCCGACUUGCCGAGGGUCCCUGACGAUGGGCACGAUCGAACCCUAAUGGAACAGCCGGAGAAGAUUACUUACGCUCCUCCGGACACUAGGGAGAACGGACCGGCGCUCACAGCGGCAACUGCGACGAGGGUUUUGGAGUUGACAGCUGAGCGUGGAAUUAUACUCGCCCGUCUGGAAGCCCUCGGAGCGCUUCAAAAUGCGAACGUCAACAACAUGGAGGCUGUCGAUUGGAUUCCCAGGAGACCUGGAGUCUUUGCGGGGUACACGGAUGUGCAGAUUCUAACAUCGCCCGCAGGGUUUGAAGGCAGAUCCGCGUGCGCCGGCCGACUGAUAUACCAGCUGACGGAACAUUUCGACUUUGCUGGGUUUGAUCACAUCCCCGGCAGCUAUGACAGCAGAUAUGCGUUCGCCGGCCGGACUGUAUGGAGCGUCGGCCAGCGACUCAGAAACGCGGAGCCUCCAUCGCUUGCAGGCAGUAGGGAAAUCCAUGUGUCCGGAGUGCGGAGAGUGACCAGGCUAUUGUUAAUUGUGAACGCAACUGCACAGGUAUACCAGCUGACGGAACAUUUCGACUUUGCUGGGUUUGAUCACAUCCCCGGCAGCUAUGACAGCAGAUAUGCGUUCGCCGGCCGGACUGUAUGGAGCGUCGGCCAGCGACUCAGACACGCGGAGCCUCCAUCGCUUGCAGGCAGUAGGGCAAUCCAUGUGUAUGCCACCACGACCAUUCACAUUGUCCGACUGCAUCCCCAUGGUCUCUACACUGCUGCAUUGUUCCUGCAGUGGACAAUCUGA